AUGUCUGCUAAAAUCAAAACAGAGUAUCUGCAGCUUCUUGUCCAGUCAUGGCAUCAACAACGAGCAACACUUAUAGCAGAGGAAAUCGGCGACCUUCGUGACCUCGUUAUCCUAGAUUGGAGCAGUCUCUAUCGUCUCAGAGGAACCAUUCCACGCUCCAUCCCCAAGCUCAAGAAUCUAGAACACCUCCGGUUUAAGUUAACCGAACUUUCUGGUUCAAUCCCGGAAUACAUCAGCGAGCUUCAGAACAUAACCUUUUUGGACCUCUCCUUUAACCGGUUCAACGGUUCAAUUCCCGGUUCGAUUUCUCAGAUGCCGAAGCUAGAAGCCAUACAGCUCAAUAGUAACAAAUUGACCGGUUCUAUACCGGAAUCUUUCGGUUCCUUUGUUGGAAAGGUCCCACCAGACCUCUACUUGGAUAAUAAUCGCCUCUCAGGAAAAAUACCAAAGUCGUUAUCCAAAACCGACUUCAACACGUUGAGUUUGUCAGGUAACAAAUUCAGUGGGGAUGCUUCGAUGUUGUUAGGGCAUAACAAGACAACCGUAAGACUGGACUUGUCUAGGAACAACUUCCACUUCGAUCUUUCAAAAGUAAAUUUCGCAAAGAGCUUGGUUUCAUUGGACCUGAGCCAUAACCGCAUUUUCGGAGAACUUCCUUCGGUGCUCACCAAGCUCCGUCCUGACCAUUUCAACGUAAGUUUCAACAGUCUGUGUGGGUCCAUCCCACAGGGCGGUCUGCUCCAGAGUUUCGAGGUCUAUGAAUUCUCCAACAACCUCUGUCUAUGUGGUGCACCGCUCAAGCGUUGCUAG